AUGAAGAAGUUAAAAAGACGAAUAACUGCUGCGUUUCGAUGUAAUACUUCACCGUCUUCGACUCAAAUUGGUGAUAUUUGUUAUCAUCGAAAUUGGAGUUUGUCGGAUUCUAUAAGUGAAAUCGCUGAACGUUUAGCUGCUGAUGGUAUAAUUAUUGAAGAAUGUGAUGCAUCAGUUGGUAUACAAAAGAAAGAAUCAAAACGUGAACGAUUUAUAUUAUUUAAUGGUAGUGGGAAGAGUGGUUCAAAAUCAAUUAGUAGCGAUUAUAUUCGGUGCUUUAAACCAUUCCCACAACGAUGGCAUUCUACGAAUUCGUUUAUUUCAUCAAUACGUUAG